AUGGCGAGAGACGACUCUCGGGACCGUGCUGAGUCUCGCCUGGUUAAGCAUCAACACUCCUUCUCAGAGUCUGGCAGAAACUCCGUGCCCAUGUGGGACAGUUCAGACCCUGAUAGAGCUCCUCCUCCUCUUCCUCUCAAUCCAGUUGCAGGAAGCCCAAUAACAAGGUCGAACACAUCGAAGCGUAUCGACGAAGCAGCUGCUCUCAUCGCCGCCAGAGCUAGAGAGAAUGCCCCCAGUUCCUACACCACCAAUCCCGUACCGCUCCCACUUUCACCAGACAGAAACAUCAUGCGCGCACAAAAUAGAAGAGUGCAAAAUAUACAAAGCCCAAGCGUGAGCCGCUUGAGCGAUUCAUUAGAGCGACGGUCUCCCGAUAAGGGCCUGCGAACAGCCAAAUUUGUCGAUUUCGAGGAUUUCCGCACCAGCAGAUCUCCAGAGCGUAGUCCUGUUCGUCCUGGGUCCGAGACACCAACGCCAGCUGAUCGGAGUUCGGCCAGAGCAAAGGAUCUAGAGAAUACUCCCCCAGGCUCCAGCGUGUUGGCCUUACAGACCAUGAGAGCCAGACAGGAUACGCCACCUCUAAGCGACAUCACUAAUAGCACCUCCCCAGCUGCUCAUACAACAUUCUCUUUCGAUGCCUUGUCGUCUCAGAUCUUGGGCCUGACUAGUAUCGUCACAAAUGUGCAGAAGGAGAUGAUGAGCCUCAACAAGAGGAGUAAAGAUAACUACUCGGACCUGAUGAGCCUGAAAGACGCAACCACUUCUCGUGAUCAAGAUAUUCAACAGAGCUUGCGGAAUUUAGUUAGUGGACUCGAAGUCAAGCUCGCAAACCUGGAUGCGCGCCUUUUGGCUGCUCCCGAGGGAAGCCGGUCCACUCCCAAUCUAGGGUUAUAUCUCGAUGAAAAGGCGCACAACGGCUCACCACGCCCCAAAAGCUUCGGACUGCCCCGUAUUGGCAGCCCAUCGAGUUUCUCAGCAGCUUUCGAACGAGAGCUGACGGCAUCUCCCUCCCUCGCUUGCGUUGAUGGCGCGGCAAGUAUUGCCCUCCUGGAGAAGGUUCUACGUGAAAUGGCGACCCGGGAAGGACAAGAAGUCAUAAUGGGUACGCUUGAAGCAGUCAAGUCACAAGCGCUAGUCCGCACAGAGAAAGUGAGCUCCUCGCAACCGGCAAUUGAUCCAUCUAUGAUGUCCAAACUCGAAGACAUCUUGGUAAUCAUGAAGGAUAUGAAGGAGAAUUCCGGAUCGAGAGCUUUGAUCCGCUCAGAACCAGCAGAAACUGGCAAAUCACCCUCCAAAGUUGACGCGUAUCUUGACGGUGGAGCAGUAUCGACACUCACGCCAGGUCGUGAAGCCAAAAAUUCGGCCAUUGCCUCAGAUGUAGUGAACGAAGAAAUUAUGAAGAUGUUGAAAAGUGUCAAGCAGUCUCUUGCUCAGGGAGGCGGUCUAACGAACGAGGUUAAGGUCCUAGUCCGAGAAUUGCGUGGAGAAGUACUUGGAAUGGGUCGAGAGAUCGCAAGAAGACUGGACCAGUCGGGUUCACCCAAAAAAUCGACAACAGAAGUGCAGGCAGCGACUCGAGAUGAGAUUUCCACUAUCGUUCAACAAGGUCUAGCCGAGCUCAAAGAACAUAUGCAUCAUGUGGUUCAAGAGAACAACGAACGAUCCCUUGAGCAAACUCGCCCCACAAUCGAUGCAGAAAAGGUGCUGCUUGCUGUACGCGACGCAAUUACCGAACUUCCGCGACCGCACGAAGCACCAGUCAGAGAUGCAGUCGCCGAGCGCGAAGAAAUAAUUGCAGCAGUUAGAGAUGCCUGGGAGGACUGCAAGCCUGAGAUUGCGCUUGAGCACUUCGGCUUGGAGCGCGACGAAAUCCUGGAGACUCUCAAGGAAGGACUGAACUCUUACCGACCGCAAGAGCCUGUCGCAAGAGAUGCAGGAAUUACCUAUGAUGAAGUCAUUGGUGCUGUGCAGAAAUGCUUGACUGACUUCAAAGCUCCUGAAGCUAAAGUAUCUCCAAGCGUCACCAAAGAGGAAGUCAUGGCGGCCGUGCGAGAUUGCUUGGAGGAGUUCGAAUGGCCAAGCUUGCCUCCUGCGCCUGCAAGAGAAACAGACCUAACAAAGGACGAUAUCUUCGAGGCUGUACGAGAAAGCGUUGCCCAGCACGAGAACGCGACCAGGGAAUAUGUUGCUGAAGCGGUCCGGGAAGGUCUUUCUAACCAACCGGCCAUCGCCAAGGACAUUGAGUUCAAUAGAGAGGAUCUCUUUGACGCCAUCAAAGCUUGCUUGGAAGGUGAACAGAACCCUCUGGGGGGUAUGGGCGAGCGCGUCAUUGAGGCUAUGCACCAAUUCCUCAGCAGUAUGAAGACUGAAUUUCAACAAUACUCAGCUGCAAGUGGCAAGGACACUGAGCAGGUGCUUGACGCGCUCAAAGAUGGUCUCGAAGACCUCCGCGCAGAUAUAGAAUCCUACGUGGACCGAAAUUCAGAUGUGACAGGCAAGGACGAAAUCAUCGACACUGUCAAGGCAGGGUUUGCCGCUAUGCAAGCUGACCUGGAUAAGGGCUUUGCCACACGGACAAAUGGCGCCACAAACACGCCUGAACUUCUUGAUGCCAUGGAGAAAGAGUUCCAGCAUUUGAGGGAUACUAUCAGCAAGAGCGCCAGCAGGAGCGGUGAACCGUUGGACAAGGAUGAAAUACUAGACGCCAUCCAUGACCUGUCUGACGAUCGACAAUCGUCUCUCAGCAGCAACAGCGAAGAUAUUGUGCGCUUGGUGAAAGAAGAGCUUGAGCAUAUGCGCACCACACUAGCAGGCACUCUGAUCAAGAGUGGUGGAUCCCUGGAUCGAGAUGAGGUCUUCGAAGUUAUUCGAGAAGGUCUAGAGUCAGCUCGCUCUGCCCCUAGGGAUGGCAGCGAGAGCAUCCUUUCCAACACGGGGGAGUUGCUUGACGCAUUCCAAGAUGGUGUGGACGGUAUUCGAGCCGAUAUUCAGAAAUUGACCGAUCGACCCGUUGAUCUCAGCACCAGUUUUGAGAUCCUUGACAUGCUGAAAACCGGGAUCGACGAUGUACGCGCUGAUAUUCAGCGGCUCCACGAGAAGCAAAAUGAGACAUCGGAGUCCUCAUCAACCAGAGGUCAGGAAAUGGUGGUGCAUGACCAGAAUCGCAUCUCUACAGAAAUAGAGGGACUCAAGGUCAUGAUCACUCAGCUCAGAAUCAAGGUCGAGGCGCUAGAUUGCAUGGGAGCUCCACCGGCACCCUCAGAUGUACGCAUGCACAAGGACGAUCUGGAUGAAAUCUAUGGAGCAAUUCACCAGGUUGAGGAGUCUAUCAGCCAAUCCAAGUCGGAGGAGACAAGGCUACAUAAAGAUGACCUUGAUGAAAUUUUCACCGCCAUUCAUCAGGUCAACGACGCUGUCAAUAAGGUUCGUGAUGCGCCUUCUCCGGAGGUCAUUAUGCCAGAGAAUGCCGCUUCAAAGGAGGAUACUGAUGCAAUUGAGACACUUUUGCGCAAUGUCAAAGCGCAGCUGGAUGAGGUCUUUUCCCCGGAUGUAGAGCCACUCGCCAAAGCUGCUCAAGUUGAUGCGAUCGAAUGCACACUCAAAGACAUCAAACUUGCAAUCGACGAUUCAGUCGAACGUGCAGCAGAAUCAAACAACAAGGAAGAUUUCACGAUCAUGGAGUUGCUAUUGAAAGAUGUUCAAGGGAGUGUGGAAGAUUUCAAGAUCAAGCUGGACGGUCUCAACAACAGUGGCAGUGAGUCAGGUGUGAACCAAACAGAGUUCCUGGUCAUGCAAAACUUGUGCAUAGACAUCAAAGCUCAAAUCGAAGACCUCAAGCUGCCUGACAUGGAUGUUUUGCCAAACAAAGAAGAUUUGAUGGACGUCAAGAACGAUCUCAAAGCAUUCCGUGAGCAGCUCGAGGCCGACAAUGGUCUCACAGCCCAAGCAUUCGAAGCCAGAAAGAUCGAGCACGGUGGUUUAGCAACGAAGAUCGACGAUGUCAAAAAUGUCAUUGGUGACCUGAGGGAUGAACUCAUGGGAAAGGUCGAUGGGAGCGCGGAGGGCAUUAUUGAAUUAAACAAGGUCCUAGGGAUGCAUCACGAUGAUAUGAGCAAGUACGCCACAGCAUCAAGCAUCACCGACAUGGCAGAUAUGAUCAAGGCCGAGCUCGAGAAGCAUAUGGAGCAUCAUACAGCAAGUAAAACCGAAAUGGAGGAAAGAGACGCUACUCUCUUCACCAAGCACGACGAGACGGGGACCGUGCUCAAGGAUAUCAUCGACGAAAAGUUCAAUGAGCUUAUGACUAAGUAUGAUGAUGCACAACUCGCCAGUGAUGCAAAGUUGAGCGCCCUCGAAGACCGCGAUACUGCACAUCUUGAAGCUACCGAUAAGACCAAAGCGGUCGCUGACGACCUCAAAUCUCUGAUGGACACUUUGGGGUCGACACUAACCGAUACGUGUGAGCGAGUUUCGGCAGAUUCGAAGACAGUAUUCGAAUCCAUAGAGGAGACAAAUUCAAAGCUGGAAAAUCUUCACACGUCUAAUGCAUUCGAACAUGGAGUCACGAGGGAGGAGAUUUCCAAGACACUAGCUGUCGCAACGAGACUGGAAAGCUCGUCCGCCGAACACAAUCCUGCCGUGCUAGCGGCAAUCCGAGAAGUUCUUGGGGUUGUGAGCCAACAUUAUGAACACUCCCAACAGCAAACUGAGAGUUUUGCGAAAGCAACUGAAGAGAUCAAAUCCGGUGUUGACUCAAUCCCUGCGGCAAUUCCCCCUUUGCUACCAGCAUUACCCGCAGCCCCCUCCAGUCCGAUCAUGACACCCCAGCUUCCCGCUCAGAAGGAGUAUGAUGACAGUGAAGUGCAUGACAAGUUAGAUACGCUGCUGUCCCAUGCGACCCUGGCAAAAGAAAUUUUCGCCGGCAUCGAAAACAACCAUAAGGACACGCGAGACUCUCUCUCUAACAUGUCGAAGCUCGAUGAAAUUCAUGAGCAAGUGAUGGGGACUGCCGCCGAGAUCGCGGGUAUGGUGACCACUCAGGCUCGGUUGAUGGCUGAACAUCAUGAGUCUAAAGCAGCGGAAGCGACUGAAGCCGCCAUCGCAUUGGAGAAGAGGACUGCUCAGAAGGAGAAGGUUGAAGCAGACAUCGUGAGGUUGAACUCAGAAAAGAAUGCUCUCAUGGAGUCCAUGGCUCAAAUGAGAAAAGAGCAGGAUGACCUCAUCAAUCAAACAAAGAAAUUGACCAGAGACGUUGCCAAACUUGAAACAGCAUUGAAUAUACGGCAGGAUGAAAUGCGGGAUAUGAAUGCAAGGGCCGAAAUACUCGAACGUCGUAUCAUGGAAGGAUUGGUCAACCAUGCUCGAUCAACCAAAACCUCACGACCACCCCCGCGGUCAAAGGUCUCUCCAGCCGAGCGCGAUGCAUCGAUGAACCUCAAGCGGGUCCCCAGUAGUGCAAGCACCGUCAAUAGGAGGACCUCAGUCAAAAGUGGUGGCACAACCAUUGGAAGUGCGGUCAGCGUUGCACUAAAGAAGAAAAAUCCCUUGGGUACGAAUUCCAAAGCGGUGACAACCCCCAGAACAUCAACAGUCGAUCGUCGUAUAUUGAGCACUAGCCAUGUUACGGGCAAUCGAAACCGAAAUGCGGCUGACAUGGCCCUGGUGCUCGCUCCUCUUCCGAAGUCUACCGGGCUUGUCAGCCUGAAGAGAAGCCAGUCGGUAAAAAGCAACCCAAGCAGUUAUCUCAACGGUCGCAAAGCAAGCUGGAACGGCGUCCCAUCUGACCUGACCGACAAAGAGAACUACACCGAGGACCAUGACGAUAGUAUGGACGAUGGAGACAGCGACGGCAGCACAGAAAGAAGAACCAGCUAUGGUACAAGCAUUAUGUACAGUGACAGCAUGACGUAUGGGACCGGCAGCACGCUCAGCGGUCACAGCAGACGUUCAACAAGCUGUGCAAGUAGCAUUAUAGGCACCGUCAACGGCCAAACGGACAUGAUUGCGGAGGAAGACGAAGAGUUGGACGAAGAUCCUAACACCCAAGUGGUUCUUCACGCUGGGCCUGAACGGAGCCAAGUCAAUGCAGGGCAAGACAACUCGAUGGGUAUGACGACGAUGGAUGAUCUUGACACCGCUCAAGUGAUUUUGGAGGGUCUCUCGGAUCUCCAGCCACCACCCCUGAUCACGGCAGAGGGGCCUAAAUACCACGGUAGUGACAGUGGCCUGGGUACAGAGCCGUUGACGGCAGGGACUGACGACAGGAGAGGAGAGGCGCAGGAAUACUUUGAGAUGACUGCGCAGGACAUGCGGACUUGA